AUGUCGCGAAUACGGUUACCACGCGCCUUCCGCUCUCCAGCGCAAAUCAAUGAAGAAGAGGGUACAAACGGCCACCCUGAGACCAUGCGCAGGAAAACCCCACCCAACGAAGCCGAAGAUGGUGACGAUAAUGAAGAGAAAUCUAAAGAACCUAGUACAGAACCCGUAGGCUUCUGGCAUCCAGACCUCCGGCAAGUCCGCAACCGCGCGUUUGCAAAAUGGACCAUUACGACAGCCUUUCUCAUGGGAUUUAUCCUCGCCGUACUUUCUAUAUACUGGGGUGUUUUCUUCAAGGUGGAGAACAGAAUCAGCCACUUGUUGGUCUAUGUGGUUGAUAUGGAUGGCGUCGCGCCAUACGACAACACCGGGAACGCGCCAUUUGUCGGCCCAACGAUUACAAAGCUCGUACAGCAACAAUUGAGCAGCAAUCAGCCAACACUCGGAUGGGGCAUACUUCCAGCAUCCGAGUUCAACAACGAUCCGAUGCAAGUCCGGGAGGCAAUCUACGAGUGGGAUGCCUGGGCCGCCAUUGUCAUCAAUCCAAAUGCAAGCGCGUUGUUGUACACUGCCAUUGCGAGUGGAAAUUCCUCAUACGACCCUCUUGGUGCGUGCCAAUUGAUAUACCAGGACGCAAGAGACGAUACGAAUUGGUUUGAUCUUAUGCUCCCAAUCAUCAGCUCUUUCAUGACGGAAGCACAGAGCAUGGUUGGCAAGCAGUGGGCACAAAUGGUGCUACAGAACGCCAGCAACCCAUCGGUACUAUCGAAUAUGCAGAAUGUGCCGCAGGCAGUCAAUCCCGCGAUUGAAUUUUCCGAAUACAAUCUUCGGCCGUUUUUUCCUUACACCAGCAUCCCCGCUGUAUCUAUCGGCCUCAUUUAUCUUAUCAUCAUCUCCUUUUUCAGCUUCUCGUUCUACAUGCCCAUCCACAUGCAAUACGUCACGCCUACCAACCACCCGCCGCUCAAGUUUCCCCAGCUGAUCGUCUGGCGCUGGUGCGCCACCAUAUCCGCCUACUUCAUGCUUUCCCUCGCCUACUCUUUUGUCAGCCUGGCUUUCCAAAUCAACUUCUCAAACACGAACUCCAUAACCAGUCAUACCCAGGUCACCAUCCAGAGCGAGGGAAACCCAGUGGCUUUCGGCCAUGGCACGUUUUUGGUGUACUGGAUGUUGAACUUUUUUGGCAUGAUUGCACUGGGUAUGGCGUGUGAGAACGUCGCUAUGGUUGUGGGUAUGCCGUGGAUGGGCCUGUUUUUGAUCUUCUGGGUUAUCACAAACGUUUCUACUUCCUUCUACGAUAUCGAAAUCGCACCUGGGUUUUAUAGGUGGGGGUAUGCAUGGCCCUUGCAUUCUAUUGUCGAAGCAAGCCGCUCAAUUCUCUUCGAUCUGCACUCGCGUCUUGGUCUGGAUUUUGGUAUUCUCAUCGCGUGGGGAGCAGUAAACACGCUUUUCUUCCCUUUCUGCUGUUAUUUCAUGCGGUGGAAGCAGCAGAAGGGCGUGCACGAAUACUGGCCUCUGGAUUAA